GUAUAAAAAAAAUGAAAUAAACAAAAAUAAAAUAUCCACUUCAUCUCCACUGCGAACCUCUCAUCAUCAUCCCAAGCUUCCUCCUCAACUUGGGCCAUUCAUGGCAGCACUCUAAAAGCUCCAUAAUUCCAAACACCAUCUUCUCCUCCAAAUUCUCAGGAGGAAGAAGAAAAGAUACAACUCUAAUUCGAUAUCCAUAUUUGAUUCAAUUCCUUAAAAAAUUUUCCCAUCCUUAGCCAGAAAUAUGGCCAAGGCUCUUAUUUCAUCCCCACCAGCUUCAUCUUUCAUUGGAGGGACCCCACUUCCUUCACUGUGUCACCGCCAUGUCUUUCUCCCCAAACCCAAUAGAUUCGUCAGUACUAGAGUUAAAUUCAGUUUACAAGAACUCCCUCCUCAUUUUCAGGGCGGCUCCGUUGAUUUUGGAGCGAUUCUAAGUAGAGCUGAGAGCUUGCUUUACACUUUAGCUGAUGCUGCAGUGGCUGCUGACCCGGCUGCUGCUGACUCGGCCACUACUACCGUUCAGAAAAGCGGAGGCUGGUUUGGGUUCAUUUCUGAUGGAAUGGAAUUUGUGCUAAAGAUACUAAAGGAGGGCCUAACAGCUGUACAUGUGCCAUAUUCCUAUGGGUUUGCCAUUAUAUUGCUUACUGUGAUUGUGAAACUCGCCACGUUCCCUCUGACCAAACAGCAGGUUGAAUCAACAUUGGCAAUGCAAAACCUCCAACCAAAGAUCAAAGCUAUACAAGAACGAUAUGCGGGGAACCAGGAAAGAAUACAGCUCGAGACUGCACGUUUAUACAGACAGGCAGGAGUUAAUCCUCUCGCAGGAUGUCUGCCAACCCUUGCCACGAUUCCAGUCUGGAUAGGUUUAUAUCAAGCUCUUUCAAAUGUAGCCAAUGAGGGACUUUUGACUGAGGGUUUCUUCUGGAUUCCUUCUUUGGGAGGGCCAACCACAAUCGCUGCUCGACAAAGUGGAUCAGGAAUUUCUUGGCUCUUUCCAUUUGUGGAUGGACAUCCUCCACUCGGUUGGCAAGACACUGCAGCAUAUCUCGUUCUGCCGGUUCUCUUGAUUGUCUCUCAAUAUGUUUCAAUGGAGAUAAUGAAGCCACCUCAGACAGAUGAUCCGAACCAAAAGAACACUCUUCUUGUUUUCAAGUUCCUUCCUCUCAUGAUUGGUUACUUCUCCUUGUCUGUCCCGUCAGGGUUGACAAUAUACUGGUUCAUCAAUAAUGUGCUGAGCACAGCACAGCAAGUAUGGUUACGUAAAUUAGGUGGUGCCAAGCCUGUUGUUAAUGACAACGCUAAUGGCAUCAUUACCGCUGGACGAGCAAAAAGAUCUCCUUCACAGGCAACAGAUCGAAGUGGUGAAAGGUUCGUUUGCUAUAGACCAAGCUUUCAUUUUAAUUGUGUUUGUUCUUCUUCAGUACUUUUCUUUGUGACUGACAAGUAAGUUUUGGAAAAUUAAUAGAUUUAGGCAACUGAAAGAAGAGGAAAAGAAGAAGAAAUUAAGCAAGGCUACUGCAAUUGAUGUUGAGACAUCCGCAACAGUGUCUGAUUCUGAAGGCGAGUCAGAUGAAGAGUCCACGUCAAAGGAUGAUGAGGUUUUGGAGGAGGCUAUUGCUUCUAGUGGUGAUAAAUCCAUCCCUAAUUAUACUGGACCAAGGAGGAGUAAGCGAUCAAAGCGGAAGCGGACAGUGUGAAUACCUGGUAUUGUAAUCUAUUUUUGUAGUUGUGAGCUAUGAUAAUCUUUUGUAUAUCUGAACAACUGUACCUUGGUGUAUAGCGACCAAUUUUCACGCAGGUCAUUUUUUCUGGAAAAAAAUUGUCUAGCUGAACCAAACCAGUUAGUUAGCAGCUGGUCAACAGCUAGUUCAAUAGACCACAUACUAAUGUCAUAUCUAGCACUAUGAUUUUUCUGUAAUAUUGAUUAACAGAUUGAAGAAGUAAUUGUAGUUUAGCUAGCAAAGUAAACAUUUCUUUUCCAUGUUUUAAGGCUUGCAACAUCAUUUUUACAGCGAGAGGACAUGUAGACGAGAUUUGUAUGCAUUUACAUCUUAUUGGACCCUUUAUUACCCAUUCUUUCUUCAUUAGCGAUAGAAGUGAAUUUGUUUUUUUCCAUGACCAUUUAUCACCAGUUUCUUUUUGUUUGUGAUAUGUAAUGACAUUUAGUGCCUAAAACUUAGGUUUUUACUGUAUGGUUGGUAAAGUUACAAUGGUUAUCUUUCUCGGGAUCAGAUUUGAGACAUGCUAGAUGCUCACUUCUCUUUGGAAGCUAACUUGAUUUGAUUCUCCAAUACAGACACAUUUUGUACAAAACCAAUAAGUCCUAAGAUUGUCAUUUGUCUAGGUUGCGAGAGAUGUAUCUUAACACUUCUGCAACUGAAAACAAAUAUUCUGUCCUAAGGACCAUAAUUGCUUCAUAAUCUUGUUGGUGGACGAUGAUUUCCUGUAGGGUUCGGUCCGGAAGGUGCUUUACGUGUUUUCCUCUCGCUAACCUGCAAUUAUGUAGUUUGAGAACAAUGAUCAGUGGUGAUUCGUAAUGUUGUGUUUCUAGAGUGCAAGCAGGUGAUGAAUUUACGUACUAAGUGACUUGUAAUGUGCCCUGUUGUAGUUCGUGACCUGUAUUCUGCAUAGCCAAUGUUGACUUCAACUGAGGAAGAACAUUCAAAACCAGUCAGAUGACUUUUAGGUAUUUAGCAAGCACAUCAGCGUCCCAUUGUAGAACAGUGCCUUGAUCAACAAUGUAGCAAGGAAAAGAAGAAACAGUUCAUAAUGUGUACCUGAUUUUGCAUCUUCAAUCUUGGAAGGGAAAGCAAAGGAUAUUUGAAAGGCACCAAGCAGAAGAAGCCAUAGGAUGAAAAGGUGAUGGAGAAUGUCUCGCACCCUUCUCAUAGUCGUCACAAGUUUGUUGAAAUGGCGGAGUGGUUUUUGAAGGAAUUUGAUGGACAUGAGGGGGUACUUUUAAAGUUCUGUUUUAGGUUUUGGCAAUCAUUAGGAACUUGAAAACAUGGAAUGUUUUGCUAAAGGUACUUUUUGGGAUCCUAUGCUCCCUCCAUUAUCAUCUUCAACCUCCUCCCACAAAAUAAGUGAUAAAAUCAGGGAAUCUGAUCUGAUGUGAUCAGCCUCUCGUCAUUGUGAAUUGAUUUGGUUCCACCCAUCAUUAUUACCUCCAUCAUGAACUCGCAUAUUGCCAUCCACCCUUUAUUUACUUUUCAGUGCAUCAAUCAUGAUGCCUUGGACCUUAAUCUUCCCAUGCUGAUUGCAGAUAGAGUACUUACUUCUCUGUACCAGUUACAUUUAGGAUUGCUUCUGGCUGGUGUGCUACGCUUCAAUGGUGACGCAUUUGUUUGAUACAAGAUGGAGUUUUACAAAAGCACAAAUGACGUCAUUUUGAGAAUACCGCACACAUGAUGCAAAAGGAAUAUAUAUGAGGAGAUUGGCAUUUGCUUAAAUUUUGCAAAAAUAAUAUGGAGUUGACUACAUAAAACAGUACAGGCCUAUAUGUGAAUAUCUAUCGAGUACAACAAUGACUCCAAUGCUUGUCUUCUGCCAUACAGUUCAGUUACAUGAACUAUAUUUUUUGUUCUGGGAAAACAGUAUAUAGUGUUUCUAAGAUUCAACUUCUUUGUUAUCACCACCUCCAAUUUGAAGUUUCUUGGCGGUAGAUGAUUCGGUAGUUCUUCCAUUAACAUUGUCCUCCCUCAUUGAGCUGGUAUCCUCUGGUGAAGAAAUUCGGUGGGUGGUGGUAAUGAUUAUUCACCGGAUCAUUAUGAAAUCAGUAGCACUAGCAAAAGUAACAUGAUGGAUGGUCAUUGAUGUGGCUAUUGGGACGGAUAAUUGUGUUCGAGUUUUGUCACACUACAUUGACUUACUUACCGCCUUUUCCAUUACUUUUCGGGAUCAUCAAAGAUUUGUUAUCAUUUGGUUAGAACUGUGC